AUGUUAGGGACUACAAGACUUCCAGGCCAUGACUCAUCCUCGAAUGAUUCAAACCCAAAGGAUGACCCAUCAAGGAGACUAAAAAACUUCCAAGUGCCAACUCCUGAAAUAUAUAAAAGAUUUUUGGUUAGUACUGGUGUUUAUGCACUAUUUGGUACAAUUAUUUCCGGAGCCAUUGGUUCAAUUGCGUUCAAAUCACCAAUGUCAAGAAGAUUUGCACUGGGAGUGGGUUUUGGAGCAGGAUUAGGUUGGGGCAUCAAAUCUGCUGAUGACUUUAUUAAAUAUACAGAAAGAAAGAAUUUUGUCCCACCUUUUCCAAAAUCAUCUGAUGAAUGGAUAGAUAAAAGUGUACUUACUUUCCAGAGACUCAAGAAUACUUUAAAGAAUGCAUUCGAGAAGGAAUAA